AAAAUUGCUCUUCGCAUGCAUCUCUGAUUAAUUGCACGCACACAUACAUGCACUCAUUCGCAUGCGUAGAUGCACACGGAUUGAUAUGCUUGUUCUCUGGACGCUGAUGUUUGUUUGCGAUGAAAGGAAUAUUUGCUUCUGCAGGCUGGAUGAAAUGUGACGCAUCGUAAUCCCGGUGACAGCUGCGGAAAGAUGAGCCACAGACAAGACAGAAAGAGAGAGAGACAGGCAGUGAACAUGAUUAGAAGGACUGCGCCGUGACUCAACCAGACGCAUAAAAAACAAGACGGGAAUGGAGACUGGAAACUUUCUCGCUGCGUCAAACUUCCUCUUUUAAAGCCCUAAACGGAGUGUUUUUGUCUCUAGUGCUUCAGUAAUGUGUUGUACCGCCAUCCCCGAAGUGUCGUCCUUCCUCUCAGGCGAGGUUACGGCAGGUUAACCGCCACCUGAGGCUUAGAGAGACUGAAGGGCCCGCGGCCCUCGCAGACCUUUGGGGAAAACGGCACCCGUGGAUCAUUUAUAGACUCGCUUGUGUGCAUGAGUGCUGUCAAUCACAGCCACUUCCUGUCUGUCACUUCCUGAUGUUGAUCUCUGGCAGACUAGAGGAGAUGUCUGACCCUCCGAACUGAGCUUGAGAACCGUAGACCUAUGCGUUUGAGUGUAUUUAUGUGCAUGAAAGACAAACAGAAGGACGCAGCGUGUGUGUUUCUAAGUUGCUCGUGGCAAUGGGGAGUUCUGCGUCGUCUCUGACCACGGACAGAGAAUCAGAUCACGGGUUCAGCACGGCUCCGUUCCCGCCGGCCGCUCCGAUGGGCUGGCUCAGGACUAGCCACAGCAGUCCGGUGUGGGGAACCACUUUCAUCACACGCCAGCAGCAGCAGCAGCCUAUCCCACAUAGAGAGCGCAGUCACUCUCAUUCUCCUGGUUCGAUGGCCGCAGUUGUGAGGAAUUCUGAUUGGUCAUGCGGUCGCUGCACCUUUCUUAACUCCAGCGGCUCCUUGCGCUGCUCUAUUUGUGAAGCUCCUCGGCAGAAGCCGGAUUUGAACCAUAUUUUGCGCCUCAGCAGUGCUGAGGAACCUCGCUGGUCCUGCCCCCGCUGCACUCUGACCAAUCACCAUGGAUUAGGCUCGUGUUCUGUGUGCGGAGCAGCUCCAGUUACACCCAACAGACCCCUCCCACCCAAGCAGCCCCCGCCGACUCCAGUAGAGCCCGCCUCCAGCCCAGAAGCCAAAGGUCAGGUAGCCAAUGGGGAGUCCCAGUGCGCCGAACCCAACGGGGAGGUGUCUGUAGGAGGGGAGGGGUCAUCAGAAUGGGCGUGUCCUCGCUGUACUUUAGUAAACACUCCGGUGGCGUUAUCGUGCUCGGCAUGCGGCGGUCCGAGGAAACUCUCCUUACCAAAAAUCCCUCCCGAAGCGCUAGUGGUCCCAGAAGUGCGCACACCCGUGGCGGGGUUUCCCACUCAAACGGCAGGAGCGUCCGCGCCACUACUCAUUGAUCUGACUGAAGAUUCUCCACCCCAAGCACCUUCCGAAACCCCGUCUCCGCCCCCUGUCCCGUUUCUGCCCCCUUCCCUGUCCUCGCUUCAAAAUAACCCUGUGCCUCGCAGCCGAAGGGAAGUCCCACCCCCUGGACGUCCUCUAAACCCCGCCCCCUCGCCAACAUCGCCCUCAACAUGCCCUCCUACCAAAACCAAUCCCCUCCCACCAUCAGACAACUACCCAAUCAAGCGCCUCAGCGUGCUGGAAGAGGAGGAGCCUAACAACCCUGCACCUCCAAUCACGUCUCCGCCCUCUUGGAAGUGCCCCGGAUGCUCCACCCCCACAGCUCCUCCCUCGUCAUCCGCCGGGCGUUGUGAUGCAUGUCGAGGGUCAUGGCCGGGUUCGGGCGCCGACGUCAUCGACGUACUGGGCGAGUCGGUGCGAUUCACGCCGGCGUCGCCGUCCAGUCCGGACUUCAGCUCAUGGGCAUGUUCCAAAUGUACGUUGCGCAACCCGACAGGCGCGGGCCACUGCACGGCCUGCGGAUCGUCCAAAUUGCACGGUUUCUCCGAGCCGUCCAACUGCUCGUCUUGUUCUCGGAAACAACCGCACUCCCACAUGCGUGCCUUUACUUCCACCUCCUCUUCCUCUGUCUCGUCCCCGUCGGCGCAGGACAAGAGUGCCUGUCAGUGGAUGUGUCCUGCCUGCACACUGUUGAACGAAGUGAGGAUGAAGCAUUGCGCGGCGUGUCACACCCCGCAGCAGUACCUCAAUCAGCGCAAAAUCGGAAAGCCGCUCAAACGCCGGGAGAGCAUGCAUGUGGAGGCCCGCAGGCGCACGGAUGAGGGAGAGGCCAAGGAAUUGUGGGAAAAUAUCGUCAGCUUUUGUAGAGAGAACGCAGUGAACUUCGUGGAUGACAGUUUCCCCCCCGGUCCGCGUUCGGUCGGGUUCCCCGAGAACGACAGCGUCCAGCAGCGAAUCAAAAAGUGGCUCCGCCCUCACGAGAUUAACUGCAAUAACUUUAAGGAUCGUGGCGUGAAGUGGUCUGUGUUCAGGACGCCGCGCCCCUCAGAUAUACUGCAAGGCCUUCUGGGAAACUGCUGGUUUUUAAGCGCUCUGGCGGUGCUAGCGGAGCGGCCCGAGUUGGUGGAGCGUGUGAUGAUCACCAGAACCAUAUGCCAGGAGGGAGCGUAUCAGGUGCGGCUCUGUAAAGACGGGACGUGGACCACAGUUCUGGUGGAUGACAUGCUGCCCUGCGACGAAUACGGAUUCCUGCUCUUCUCACAGGCUCAGCGGAGGCAGCUAUGGGUCGCGCUGAUAGAAAAGGCUCUGGCGAAGCUGCAUGGCUCAUAUUUUGCGCUGCAGGCCGGUCGUGCCAUCGAGGGUUUGGCGACGCUCACUGGCGCCCCCUGUGAAAGUCUGAUGCUGCAGGUCAGCUCAACCAACCCACGGGAAGACUUUCUGAUGGGGGCGUCCUGUGGUGGCGGUAACAUGAAGGUGGAUGAUGCUGUAUAUGAAUCUCUGGGGCUCCGCCCCCGACACGCCUACUCCAUACUGGACGUCAGGGAUGUUCAGGGCUACAGGCUGUUGCGUUUGAGGAACCCCUGGGGCCGGUUCUCCUGGAACGGCUCGUGGUCAGACGAGUGGGCCGACUGGCCGCAGCACCUGCGUCACGAGCUCAUGGCUCACGGCAGCAGUGAAGGCGUCUUCUGGAUAGAAUACGGAGACUUCAUUAAGUACUUUGAUUCGGUGGAUAUCUGCAAGAUUCAUCCUGAUUGGCAGGAAGUUCGUCUGCAGGGCUGCUUCCCCUGCCGGGCGAGUAAACCGGUGACUGUAACCGCCCUCACGGUCCUGGAGAGAACCGCGCUGGAGUUCGCCCUCUUCCAGGAGGGCAGCAGGCGUUCGGACACGGCCGACAGUCACCUGUUGGAUCUGUGCAUCAUGGUCUUCCGGGCCUCGUUCGGGAACGGGAAUAAGCUGGUCCUGGGACGUCUGCUGGCGCACAGCAAGCGCGCGGUGAAGAAGUUCGUAGGAUGUGACGUGAUGCUGGAGCCAGGAGAGUACGCGGUCGUCUGCUGUGCCUUUAAUCACUGGCAGAUGGACCUGACGGGCGCUUUGACACCAGUGUCCAGCCCCACCAACGAUCGCAGACCCAGUCAGGAUUUCCCAGGGUACAUCUUGGCCAUCUACAGCUCCAGACAGGUGAUGGUGGAGCAGGUGGAGGCCACACACACCACACUCGCCGACGCCAUCAUCCUGCUGACGGAGAACAAGGGAGAGAGACAUGAGGGUCGGGAAGGAAUGACAUGUUACUACCUGACUCACGGGUGGGCGGGGCUCAUCGUCGUCGUGGAGAACCGUCACCCGAAGUACUACCUCCAUGUGUCAUGUGACUGUACCGACAGCUUCAAUGUGGUGUCGACCCGCGGCAGCCUGAAGACCAUCGACAGCGUGCCGCCGCUGCACAGGCAGGUGCUGGUGGUCCUGUCCCAGCUGGAGGGGAACGCCGGAUUCUCCAUCACACACAGACUGGCCCAUAGGAAAGCGGCGCAGGCGUCUCUGGGCGACUGGACGUCUAGUAAAGCCACACACUCACCCCAGCUCACAGCAGACACUGACGGACUGCACAGACCGCGGCCGCUUUGACACACGCUCACACACACACACACAUAGACACACAUAGACACACUGUCCCGUCAUGAAACCACAGCGUCGAGUUCAGACCCGUGAUGAUGAUGAACACACACGCAGCCACUGAGAGGGACUGGGUGGAACUACUGAGCCAAUCACACGUCUGCUCGCUGAGCCAAGACCCGCCCACUGCAAACACAGCCGCUUUGCGCAAGCACACGCGUGUCAUGAUGAGCUGCAUUCACAUCCAUCCUGGAGUCCGCCGCACCUCUCCUGUCACCAGACUUUACCUUCUACUUUCUCUCCAUGCGUUCAGUCAGACGGAAAAUCUCACCUAAAUAUUGCACACGGCUCAUUUCACCCAGAAUCAAAAGGGAAUUUUUUAUUUUUUUUUUAUCGCAAAAUGAAGCCUGUUUUUGGGACUAUUAUUAUUACGGUUUCAAUUAUAUAUUUUUUCAUGACAAUUAAGCACAUUUCCCCUCAUGUUCAUAUUACUGUAAGACUCAUUUUUAUUCAAUUAUAUUAAAUUGUCUGUCAUGCAAUUCAAUUUUCCCCUAAAAUUCUGUAUUUCUGA